AUGCUUAGAAACACAAGCAAUAGAUUAUUCACCCCUUUAAGAACCAUUGCCAUGUCCGGUGUUGAAAGUGCUAAGAAGAUAGCUGCCUACAAGGCUGUUGAAGAGAACCUUCCAGGCGAUGCCAAAGUUGUUGGUGUUGGCUCCGGAUCUACAGUUGUCUACGUUGCAGAAAGAUUGGGACAAAUGGCCAAUAAGAAUCAGUUUGUAUGUAUUCCAACAGGAUUCCAACUGAAGCAAUUGAUUCUUGACAAUGGACUUACGUUGGGAACCAUUGAACAAUAUCCUACCAUUGAUAUUGCCUUUGAUGGCGCAGAUGAAGUUUCACCAGGGAAAUUAGACUUAAUAAAAGGUGGUGGAGCAUGUUUAUUCCAGGAAAAGUUAGUUGCAAGUGCCACGGAUAAUUUUGUUGUAGUUGCAGAUUUUAGAAAGAAGAGUCCGCAAUAUUUGGGAACAAAUUGGAAUAAAGGUGUACCCAUUGAAGUUGUUCCAAAUUCUUGGGUUUAUGUCACUAGAAGAUUAAAGGAAUUGGGUGCCAAACAAGUGAUCUUAAGACAAGGAGGUUCGGCCAAAGCAGGUCCUGUCAUUACUGAUAACAAUAACUUUCUUAUUGAUGCCGACUUUGGUUCCAUUAAAGAUCCUGCUGCAUUGAAUACCAAAUUGCUUGCUAUUGUGGGGGUUGUGGAAACAGGAUUAUUUGUUAAUAUGACUAAAAAGGUUUAUUUUGGAGAUGAAGAUGGUACUCAUUCUGUCUGGCAAUAA